UUAGCGUGUGCAAAAUGCAAGUGCAUGUGUAACCAUUUUCAUUUUCUUGACAAUCUCAAUAAACAAAAUAGCAGCAACCAUAUUAUAGUAUUUGCUUUCACACACACACACACACACUAGUCUACUCUAAACUAGCAUAUAUGGAGGAACUUGAUCUUCCUGGAUUCCGAUUCCAUCCCACAGAAGAGGAGCUCCUGGAUUUCUACCUCAAAAACAUGGUUUUUGGCAAAAAAUUGCGUUUCGAUAUUAUUGGAUACCUUAACAUCUAUCAUCAUGAUCCUUGGGAAUUGCCUGGAAUGGCUAAGAAUGGAGAGAGGGAGUGGUACUUUUUCGUGCCAAGAGACAGAAGGCAUGGUAGUGGAGGGAGGCCAAAUAGAACUACAGUGAAUGGAUUCUGGAAAGCCACUGGUUCUGACAGGAAAAUUGUGAGCUUAUCAGACCCCAAGAGGAUUAUUGGAUUGAGAAAGACUCUUGUUUUCUAUAAGGGAAGAGCACCAAGGGGCAGCAAGACUGAUUGGGUCAUGAAUGAAUAUCGCUUGCCUGAUUCAUGCCCCUUGCCUAAGGACAUAGUCUUGUGUAAGAUAUAUAGGAAGGCAACUUCCUUGAAAGUGCUGGAACAAAGGGCUGCAAUGGAGGAAGAAAUGAAGAUAAUUCAUGCAUCUCCAUCAUCAUCCCCAAUUUCCUCAUUGGACAACAUGUCCUUUUGCAGCCAACAAGAAGAAUCAGUGGCUCCAAUAUGUAUGCACCAUGUGGUUUUCAAGAAAGAGGUAGAAGAUUUGGUAAUGGCAAAAGAUGGUAAAAGUGAUGAUAAUAAUAAUACUGGAGAUGAAAAGCCAAAGGGGAUUAAGGGGCCUUCACUACAAUUACCGUUGGGAAAUAACAAGAUACCAGAGCUGGAAGUUCCCAAAUUGAGCAUGGACUGGAAUCUAGACAGUAACUCAUGGUUGAACAGUCCCUGGCUUCAAAAUUUAACCCAAAGUCUGACCCCUUAUGCCAACAUGUUGAAUUUCUAGAGCUAACUAAUACAUGUCUACAUAUUAUGCAAAUAUUCUGAUUUUGUAGAUAGCUUUCUUCUCAGCCUAAUCAGGACCCUGGAAGAAUGUUUAAGCAACGCCGAGAGCCUAGGAGGGAGCAUGGUGAUAAUUGCUAGUUAAUUAAUGUCUGGAAGUUUUUAUUUUACCUUGUUAAUGAACAACUUUUAAUCCACUUUACUGCUUAAUAGCUAAUUAAUUAAUAUCAUAAAUAUAAUUUUUAUUUUCUA